AUGCCUUUGUGGGAAGAUAGCGGGGAACUGGCCUCCAAACGGCCCGAACGAGUUCGACGGGGAAUUGCAGCGAAGUUUGCAGAACAAGAGAAUGCAGGCCGAGACAAGAAGUAUGGAGCGGUUGGUUCACUGGACUACGAGCUGUCAGGCUUCGUGUGGGACUGCGCCGAGAACGUCACGACACGGGAGCGGAUUUUCGGGCUUAGCGAUCUCGUAGAGACGUUGUCGCCUGUGGGCAAGCGAGAGAACUUCACAGUCCUGGACCUGGGCUGUGGCGACGGCCAGUCGCUCUUUGCUCUGCACUCUCACUUUGGCCUCAGCUGGGAGAACAUCGUGGGUGUGACGGCUGAGGAUUCACGUGGUCUUGAGGUGCUGGCUGGCACUGAGCCUUUCGACCUGCGAAGUGCGGGAGGUGCAGACUCUGAUGCGUCAUAUAUCAUCUGGAACAUCGACGACCUGACCAGCUGUCCGGCUCUCCAGGGCCGGACCUUCGAUCUCAUCAUUUCUUGGGUGACGUGGAUCUGGCUGGCAGACCCGGUCGGAACGCUGGAGAUGAUAUACGAGCACUUCUUGAACUCGGGUGGCGUGAUGAUGCUAGGUGGAAUGCAGCUGCUGACUUUGGGCCCGGAUCCCUUGGAAGAUCAAAGGUGGCUCUUCGCCCUGUCAGAUUUCCUGCGCGAAGAGGGGCACCAGAUCAAGUGCUUUGCAGAUGCAAGCACUGGCGCCUACACCUGGUGGAUUCAAAGAAAAAGGUCACGGUUGGCGUUGAGCCGGCUUGUGAGCUACUGCGAAAGCACCUCUGUGCAUGAGCCUUCGCACAAAGCGCUGUAUGACGUGAAUGCAGACAUUCUCGGCGGCCUUGCAUGCGGGUACGCAGGAGCCGGAGGAAUGUAUCCGCUGCCUCCACCAGCGGCAUGUGAUGCCAUUGAGGUUCCAUCGACCAGGAUUUGUGACAAUCGGGAUCGACUCUCAGAUGCCGAGCUGGCCCGACAUGCAUCGAAUCUCAAGAUCCAUGUUUCCAGGAUGGAGCUGGACAUAAGGAGCUGCAUCCAGGCAUGGUUCAAGGCGGAUAUGCACCCAUGA